UGUCGGUUUCGUUUUAAUAAUUGAUCUAUUUUACUUAAAUUGUCUAAUAUUAUUACAAACGAUUAAUAUAAAUAAAAAAAACUGUUGUGCAUAUAGUUUAUUAGCUGCAGUUCAAUUUUAGAUGACACUUGGACGCAAAUAUCAACAUUCUUCCGGGAAUGCUGGGGACGCUCGGAAGGUAUAUGCUAACCAGUCGAAGGUGGGAACUCUCUCGGGGUGCUCGUCUUCAAUAUCACUGUGCGACAUGAUUGAGCCACCGGACUAUGAGGAAGUGUGCGAGAGGCUGGUGGGUGAGCGAGAUCCUCUCGCGUACCCUGCCUCCGACAUUGAACUGUGCGUUGUACCCAAGCGAAUACGGACACUAACACAUGUGUUGCCCGAUGAAGACUUAACCAAAGCGCCUAUGUUCGUCCGCGAUUGUAUACGAUGUUACACACAAGACUACACCGUUGUGGAGUACAAGCACCGGGCAUACUCCGCGUCGGUGUUCAACCGGGAGAGGAUCAACGAACGCCUGGAGAAGCUCCAAGCAGGACCGCGGCACCAGUAUGAAAUAGAUGCGGAGCCGCCCACAGUAUCCACUGAGGAAUUGGUACCUAAUCAGUUUGAAUCUCAACCAUCAAGUGGACGCCAGUCAGUAGCUUCCAUCUCAUCAUCGUCAUCUUGCAACGAGACCUUGACUCCUCGAGGCUCUUGGGCGAGUCUGGAUCUGCGCAGUUCCUCAUCUGACCCACUGCUGCCGGACCUCUUCGAGAGGAAGCCGAUGGAACAAGUGGAUGCUAUAAAUGAAGCUAAAAGGUUGGAAAAUCGUCAGCCCGAUCUCUUAGGCCUGUACAUACCGUACCUAGACGAAGAGGAUGCUGUGGAGAGACGACUGCCGGCAGAGAUGCCGUGCGAGCUCAUGGGCCACAGAAUACUGGUCAACUGCCACCAGCUCAAAUUGGAACUAGAUGUGGAACCGCUAUUCGCGUCAAUGGCCCUGUUCGACGCGAAAGAGAAGAAGAAACUAUCGGAGAAUUUCUACUUCAAUCUGAACUCUGAGUGCACAAAGCAGAUGCUCUCCGGACACAUCCCCCACGCGGACAUCUCCACACUGAGCCGGAGCGCCAUCUUUGAUAUACCAAACCCGUCGCCGGAUGUAUUCCUAGUCGUUCGUGUCGAGAAAGUUCUACAAGGGGAUGUUAACGAAUGUGUUGAGCCUUAUAUCAAAGAUGAUAAGAACCGAGAGAAAGUGCGAGCCAGCGCGCAAGCUGCUUGCACCCGCCUCGGGAAAUACCGCAUGCCACUCGCCUGGAGUGCUGUAUCCUUGCUGAACAUCCUCAGCGGAUCCAACAGUCUUGAACGGGAGCAAGCAGACAAUAAUAGUCUAUCGGCUAAUUCUAAUACUAAUAGUUUAGAUCGCAAGGCGUCGUCGUCGAGCCUGGAGCAGCUGCGGCGUCGUGCGGGCGAGGUGGGGGGCUCGCUCACCCGCAAGGGCUCCGUGGAGCGCCGCAACCCCCCCCCACACACGCCGCACGGGCCCGGCGCCCCCCACGACGACCUCGCCGCGCACCUCCUCACCUUCAAGCCCAUCGUCAUCACAGUCACCAGCUUCUUCAAGCAGGAACCAGACAAACUCCGCGACGAGGACUUGUAUAAAUUCCUCGCGGAAAUAAAAAGGCCAAGCUCAGCUCCAAAGAAACUGAAAUGCAUCCCUGGUACACUGAAGAUCGAAGUAUCGCCGUGUCCCGAUGAAGUUAAAAACGGACUGACGCCCGAGUUAGCUAAACUGAACCCAUAUGGAGACGAGAAUAUCCGUCCGUGCAAGGAGGUGCUAGCAUUCCCGCUGAGCGCGGCUGCCGUCCCUCACUAUCAGUACCGCAACCUCAUGUACCUGACCGUUAGAGAGAUCAACCUCACCGCUUACACCUCACGUACCGGCUCCGCCAGGAACAUCACCGUUCGAAUCCAACUGAUGUCCGGCGAGAACCAAGCGUCCGCGUUACCAGCCAUAUUUGGACGAAGCUCAUGUCCUGAAUUCACCACCGAAGCCUACACCACCGUGUUGUACCACAACAAAAACCCGUCUCUCUACGAUGAGAUAAAACUGAAGCUGCCGGCCGAUCUCGGGGACCACCACCACCUGCUGUUCACGUUCAUGCACGUCUCCUGCCAGAGGAAGCCCGUCGCGCCGGAACAGGAGAAGAAUGUGGAAACGCCAAUCGGUUACUCGUGGCUGCCGCUGUGCCGCAACGGCAAGCUGACGUGCGGCGAGUACAACCUGGCGGUGAUGCUGGAGGCGCCGCCAGAUAACUACUCGUUCAUCUUCCCGGACGUGCAGCUGCCCGGCACGCGCUGGAUCGACAACCACAAGCCCAUCUUCAGCGUCGCCCUCGACGCCCAUACCACCGUGCACCCGCUGGAUGGAUACAUAGAGCGUUUCGCAAUGGCAUGCGAAGCGGUGCAGGAGGGGAACAUACCUCCAAGAAUAGGACUUGCUAAUAUGGAAUCUGAACUGCGAGCAAGCAUAACAGAGCUGCCGACGGCCAACGUAGAAGCACUGGCGCGGUACCUGCCCGUGAUACUCGACAAGCUACUACGGCUGUUGCUAGCGCCCCCCGCGCUCGCCGGACAGACACUCAACAUCGCACAAGACGUCUUCACCUGCCUCGCGCACAUCUUCACAGAGAUUACGAACAUCAACGAUGGUGCCGGCUGUGACCGUCACGGACGUAGCGCGCUGUUGAGCACCUACAUACAGUACCAGUGCACCGCACCUCGGCCCAGCCUGGCCGACCGGGACAUCGGCCUGCCGCUGCCGCCCUCCGUGAUGAGUGACGGAUCAUGUAAGAUCCUGCAUGAGGAGCUGGCGCUCCAGUGGGUGGUCGCGAGCGGAGCCACCAGGGAUCUCGCCAUGCACAACUCUUGGGCGCUGUUCGAGCUGAUGGUGAAGUCGAUGGUGGAGUACCUGUACUGGAGCGGCGCGCACGAGGCGCCCCGCAAGGCUCGCUUCCCGGACCAGUUCACGGACGACCUCACCACGCUCGUCAACAACCUCACCUCGGAGAUCAUCUCCAAAUACGGGAAGAACAGCAAGUUGACACAGAGUCUGAACAACAGUCUGGCCUUCUUCCUGUUCGAUCUACUGAGCAUCAUGGACCGGGGCUACGUGUUCAAUCUAAUCCGCAGUUACUACAAACAGAUGUGCGCUAAGAUCGCGUCGCUUCCUGACGCUGUACCACUAGUACAGUAUAAGCUGGCAUUCCUGCGUAUAAUCUGCUCGCACGAGCACUACGUGUCGCUGAACUUGCCGCCGGCGGGUGGCGCGGGCGCGAGUACUGGCGCGGGUACUGGCGCGAGUACUGGCGCCAGCAGCGGGUCGGUGUCGCCGGCGCCGUCGUCGCACUCGCUAGCGUCGCACUCGUCGGCGCCGCACCACCAGCUCAGCCACGAGUUCCGCUCGCGGCACUACCUCGCCGGCCUGCUGCUCACGGAGCUCACCAACACGCUCGAGUUGCAGAGCCCGGCACUUCAGGAGGCCGCAGCUGGUGCGACUCUGGCGCGGCUGGCGGCGCACGACGCGGACGCGCGGCUCGCGUCCACAGAGCUGCGCGCGCGCGUCGCCGCGCUCUACCUGCCGCUGCUGGGCGUGCUCAUGGACGCGCAGCCGCGCCUGCACCGCGGGCCCGCGCACGCCAAGGACAUACUACAAUUCGACAGCGAAUUCAGUCAGCUGGGAAGCUUCUACUCACCGCCGGUCUCUGAUGCGGACUACAAACAGGGCGCGCGCGCCCCGCUGAGCAGCUCCACGAGCCGCAGCCUGGUGGUGAGCGUGGCGUGGCUGCUCAAGUGGGCGGAGCCUCGCGCGCUGGCCGCCUGCCUGCACGACCUGCCGCCGCGCCGCCUGCACGCGCUGCUCGCGCUCCUCGACCUCUGCUUCAAGUGCGAGGAGUACAAGGGCCGGAAGGAAAUUCUAAAGUGCGCUCAGCAAAAUGUGCGGAAGACAACAGACAUAAAAUCCAAAUUGGAGGACGUCAUACUUGGGCAGGGUUCGGCGCGGAAUGAUUUCAUCAUGAGACGCAAAGGCGGGUGCCGGCGCGAGCGGUGGCGCAAGGAGUGGGUGCGGGGAGGGGCGCGGGACUCGGCCACGUCCCCCGCCCCGCCCCACCCCGACCUCGCCGCCGCGCUCUACGCCGAGCUCUCGCUCACGCUGCUGCACGCGCUCGAGACCAUCGUGCAGUCGUGCAGCAGCCUGGAGUGUGGGCAGAGCGUGUGCAGCGCAGCGCUGCAAGUGCUGCUGCGCGCUCUGCAGAGAAACCAAAGUACUACAGUGCUCCAGCACAUGUUCGCUUCCGUCCGUGCCCUCAUACUCAAGCUGGGCUGGUCGUGCUGCGGCGAGGAGUCGGGCACCUGCCGCGUGCUGCUGCGGCACUGCGCCGCCCUCGCAGCCCCGCCCCGCGCACACGCCGCCGCCGCGCUCUACGCGCUCAUGAGGCAGCACUACCAGCUGGGGAACAACUUCAGCCGAGUGAAGAUGCAAGUGACGAUGUCUCUAUCGUCCCUGGUGGGCACCUCGACCACCUUCAGCGAGGAGUCGCUGCGGCGAGCACUCAAAACCAUUCUCGUGUACGCGGAACAUGACGCUGACCUGCAGGACACCAACUUCCCUGAACAAGUAAAGGACCUCGUAUUCAACCUGCACAUGAUCCUGUCCGACACGGUGAAGAUGAAGGAGUUCCAGGAAGACCCGGAGAUGCUGAUGGACUUGAUGCACCGUAUCGCGCGCGGCUACCAGCACAGCCCCGACCUGAGGCUCACCUGGCUCAACAAUAUGGCACAGAAGCAUAUGGAGCGGUCGAACCACGCGGAAGCCGGCAUGUGUCUGGUGCACGGAGCCGCGCUCGUGGCAGAACAACUGGCGGCCGGCGGACGGGGCGCAGCACUACUGCAGCACGUCACCCACAACGCGCUCGACGAGAGCUGCGCAGACGUCCUGCACCACCACCUCACGCACCUCGAGCUGCAGGCUCUGCUGGAGCACGCCGCCAGCGAGCUGAUGACGGCCGGCAUGUACGAGGCCGUGAACGAGGUGUACAAGGUGCUCAUACCCAUCGCUGAGGAGCACCGCGACUACAAGAAACUGGCCAACAUACACAAUAAAUUGAACGAGGCGUUCACUCGUAUCGAGCAGUUGCACGGCAAGCGCGUGUUCGGCACGUACUUCCGCGUGUCGUUCUACGGCGGCCGGUUCGGAGAUCUCGACGGCGAGGAGUUCAUAUACAAGGAGCACGCGCUCACCAAGCUGCCGGAGAUAUUCAGCCGCCUCGAGAACUUCUACGGACAACGGUUCGGCGCGGAGAACGUGGUGAUCAUCAAGGACUCGAACAUAGUGGACGUGAGCACGCUUGACCCGGACAAGGCGUACAUACAGAUCACGUACGUGGAGCCGUACUUCGAGCCGCACGAGCUGCGCAGGCGCAUCACGCACUACGAGAGGAACUACAACAUAAAGCGGUUCAUGUUCGCGACGCCGUUCACUGCGGGCGGUCGCGCGCACGGUGCGCUGGGCGAGCAGUGCAAGCGCAAGACCGUGCUCACCACCGCGCACCACUUCCCCUACCUCAAGACGCGCCUGCACGUCGUGCACCGCACGCAGCUAGUGCUCGCGCCGCUAGAGGUCGCCAUAGAGGACAUACAGAAGAAGAUAAACGAGCUAGCGGCCGCGACCAACCAAGAGCCAGCGGACCCUAAAAUCCUGCAGAUGGUCGUUCAAGGCUGCAUCGGGACCACCGUCAACCAGGGACCACUGGAACUGGCUCAGGUAUUUCUGGGGCCUGUCGCUGACGGCACGCAGCCACCGACCCGGCUGACCAACAAACUCAGACUCGCCUUCAAAGAUUUCUCCAAAAAGUGUCACGAUGCGCUCAAAAAGAACAAGAACCUAAUAGGCAGCGACCAGCGCGAGUACCAGCGCGAGUUGGAGCGCAACUUCGCGCGGUUCACGGAGCGACUCGCGCCGCUCGUGCAGCCCGCGUCCGCUUCCGCUUCCGCCUCUGCUGCCACCCAUGCCGCGCACCUCACAAAUGGACUCGGCAAACAUGAUUACAAAUGUCAAGCUUAAGAACCGACGCGUAGAGUCGCUAUUACCUUACAUCCAUGUGUGAGCGUACUAUCCUUAUCCUUAUAACGACCAAAUAUAAAAGUAUUGAAUACUCAGUAGUAGUUGUAAUAUGUAGUAAGUUAAUUUAUUAUAUUUGAGUAUAUUUGUGUGUUAUUGUCAAUCUUAUGACUCAACUAGAUAAUUGUUUACCGUUCUGAGAAAUUUGGCCAUUAUCUUUACAUAAUAUAGAACAAAGUCGCACAGCUGUCUGUUCGCUUCUAUCUUUCAAUUUACGCAACAGAUUUUAAUGCAGUUCACAGCACUAGAAAGAGUGAUACGAAAGGGAGGUUUCAUAUCAUUCUUUAUCUCAUGAAAAA